AAAUGGGCAUUAAACAUUUUUCUGGGCUCUUCGUGAUGUUGUGCAUCGGAUUUGGCUUGUCCAUUCUCACUACCAUUGGGGAACACAUAGUGUACAGACUGUUCCUACCACGAAUCAAGAAGAAAUCCAAGCUGAAGUAUUGGCUCCAUACAAGCCAGAGAUUACAUCGUGCCCUGAACAGUUCAUUUAUUGAGGACAAACGCCAGCCUAAGACAAAACGAGUAGAAAAGAGGUCUCACAUUGGGAACAACCAGCAUGCCGUGUGGAAUACAGCUAAUCCAAGCAACUGUCAUCGGAAAAAAUAUAUCUGCACCGAUGAAGGGCAAACUGAAGUGACCAUGCGGCAGCACCAAGACAUCCCCCUGCCUCAGGUGAGGAGAGAGACUCCGGCUUCUUUAACGACCAACGGGAAAGCAGAUUCCCUUAACAUUGCUAGAACCUCAGUGAUCCAAGAGCUCACGGAACUGGAGAAGCAGAUCCAAGUCAUCAAGCAGGAGCUGCAGCUCGCCAUAGACAGGAAAACAGAGCUGGAGGAGUAUCAGAGGACCAACCGGACUGCAGAGGCCUAGGCCAGCGUGCUUGGUCCCUUUCCCUCCUUUAUCCCCCCUCCUCUGUAAAAUUUGUAACACAAUUUUGUAAUGCCAGAAAGAGGCAUGAAAAGUAAAACAGGCAGAAUGCUCUUCAUGAGAGCAGAAUCGCAGCAGCCACAGCCACUGCCACCCUCCCGAGGCCUCCUCCUUUCCUGAUGAGUUUCUCCUCUCCUUGACAAACAUCAUCGGCGCCCAAAGGACUAUGGAAACAAGGAGCGCGUGAGCAGCUCCUGAAGAGUUCCUGGUUCCUUCACAUGACACUAUACAGUGAAGUUCCCGCGUUUUAGCCCUUUCUGUGCA